GAAAGAAGCAGUGUAUGGUUUGACUGAGAUCUAUAGAGCGGAAAUCAGUGAUGCACGACUGGUUGCAAAUCCUGGUUGUUAUCCAACAUCUGUCCAACUCCCUCUAAUUCCAUUGAUAAAGGCUAAUCUCAUCAAACUCAAGAACAUUAUUAUUGAUUCCAAAUCUGGUGUCAGCGGAGCAGGACGUGGUGCAAAAGAAGCCAAUUUGUACACUGAAAUUGCAGAAGGGAUACACUCUUAUGGCAUUACAAGGCAUCGCCAUGUUCCAGAGAUUGAACAAGGAUUGUCAGAAGCUACAAAUUCAAAAGUUACUGUUAGUUUUACACCACAUUUAAUGCCAAUGAGCCGUGGCAUGCAAUCAACUAUAUACGUAGAAAUGGCUCCGGGAGUGACAACUGAUGAGCUAUACAAUCACUUAAAGAGAAGUUAUGAGAACGAAGAGUUUGUAGUAUUGCUGAAGGACAAAGAAGUUCCGCAUACCCGACAUGUCCGAGGAUCAAAUUACUGCCUCAUGAAUGUGUUUCCAGAUCGAAUUUCUGGGAGAGCAAUUAUUAUAUCAGUUAUUGAUAAUCUUGUGAAGGGCGCAUCUGGGCAAGCGUUACAGAACCUCAACUUGAUGAUGGGUAUUCCUGAAAAUACAGGGCUACAUUGCCUACCUUUAUUUCCUUGAGUUAUUAUUAUUACUCCCUCCGUCCUGCUAUAUUCGUCCACUUUUGACUUUUGGAACUGUUCAUCUAAGCACUUUGACUCAUCAAAUUCUCUCAAUGUGUAAGCCUAAAUAUAGUCAUGCGUGAUCU